AUGGACGACCGUACAGUCGACCUGAUUUUUGGUGGUUCGCUAAAAUCACUCCCACCAGUCAGCUCCAAGAUCGUGAGGAUUUUCACCAGUUCUACUUUCACGGAUACGACGAUGGAAAGGAAUACUUUGAUGGCAAAAUGUUAUCCCAGGAUAAAGGACUAUUGUCGAGAGAAACAUGGAUUGGAAUUUCAGGUAGUAGACAUGCGGUGGGGGGUAAGGGAUGAAGCAACGGAUGACCACAUGACCACAGAGCUGUGCAUGCGGGAGAUUAAGAACUGUCAGCGUUUAUCUAUGGGACCAAAUUUUGUCGUAUUUCUAGGACAGAAAUAUGGAUACCGACCAAUACCGACAUACGUAUUAUCUUCAGAACUACAAAUGCUUAGAGAUGAAUUAGCAGCUGGCGGUGUUGACGUUAUCCUAUUGGAUACUUGGUACAAGAAGGAUUCAAAUGCAGUACCCCCUGUAUCAGUAUUGCAACCCAUAUCAUCUAUACUUGUCAAUUUCAAUAAUAAGAGAGUUCCAAAACUCCAAGCGGAGGAUCAAGCAAUAUGGUGGGACACAUUGACCAAGAUGCAGAAAUUAUUUCGCAAAUCUUCGUUACAACUUUACAACGCGGGCAAAAUCGAUAAGGACACUAUGCACAAUUAUUUCAUGUCAGUAACUGAGAGGGAAGUUAUCAAUGGCGUUCUAAAUGUCAAGAAUACAAAGAACCAUUGUCUGGCUUACGUCCGCUACAUCAAUAACAUCAACCUUCAGAACCUGAAGAAGGCUAGUAACUUCGUUGACAUCCUCAACAGAAGCUUGGACGCAGAGGCCUCAAAGCUCUUGGCUGAUCUGAGAGACGUUAGGUUACCGAAUAAAAUUGAAACGACGAAUAUACAAAAAUAUACUGUUGAGUGGAUUGGACGCGAUGGCUUGGACAAUGAGACUCACGGCGAAUAUCUCAACCAUUUCAUAUCGCAUUUCUAUAAGAAUAUCAUCAAACUCGUUGAUAGAGCAAUGCGCAAGGAAGACAGCAGCGCUCAAGGGCAGAUAGUAACAGAAAUACUGCAGCAUCUCCACGCUUGUAACAAUUCAGUUAAAGUUUUCCAUGGGCGAGAAGACGACCUAAACUUUAUCGAGAACUACAUGACAAACAGUUCGGAUAAACCACUCGUGCUGUAUGGAGAAGGUGGUUGUGGUAAGACAAGUCUUCUCGCGAAGAGUUCAGCGAUGUCCUUAGAUACUUGGUUCGCAGAAGUUCGUCCUACGAACAUUAUUAGAUUUCUUGGAACGACUCCUGACUCCAGCGCUCUUACGCCUACGCUUAUAUCUAUCUGUCAACAGAUCUCCUACAACUUCGCACUUCCAUUUGAAAGCAUCCCUGAUGACCUGGUUCCCCUCACCGCACAUUUCAAGCAGCUGCUGACUCUGGCCUCGCAACAGCAACCUCUCCUUUUGUACCUGGACUCCGUAGAUCAGCUAACGGGUAUCGGUACUGAAAACAACAAGGUGUCAUGGUUACCAACGAGACUGCCACCCCAUUGUAAGAUUAUUGUAACGUGUGCAUGUGAAGAAGCAAAUCCAGAAGUAUCGAAAGAAUAUGACGUGUUGCGGCGAAUGAUUGAUUCAGAAGAGAAUUUCCUAGAAGUCAAAGCCUUGGGAGAGGAUCUCGCGAUGCAAGUUUUGAAAUUGUGGAUGGCGUCAGCUGCAAGAGAUCUGUCUAACUACCAAUGGCGUCUGGUCUCCAAUGCUAUUGGACAAUGUUCAUUGCCUAUAUUUGUCAAGCUGGUUUUUGCUGAGGUUUGUAGAUGGAGGAGUUACACAAAACCUCAAGAUACGCACUUGGCGUCAACCGUUAUGGAUUCAAUUAUGAUGUUGUUUGAGCGGAUUGAAAAACAGCACGGACGUCUUCUAGUCUUCCACGCUCUGGCCUACAUCACUGCAGCUAGGAGUGGUCUAUCGGAGACUGAACUGGAAGACCUGAUAUCAUUAGACGACAAGGUCUUAGAUGACGUUUAUCAGUACCAUCUUCCACCGGUCAGAAGAAUACCACCUUUGUUAUGGACCAGAAUUCGUAACGAUCUCCCAAACUAUCUGUCUGAGAGAGAAGCAGACGGGGUCAGCGUUAUGAACUGGUACCACAGGCAGUUCCGAGACACCGCACGUGAGAGGUACUUCAAGAAUAUGAAUAUGGCGAUGUACUUUCAUUCCAUGAUUGCGGAUUAUUACUUAGGGAUAUGGGGCGGUGGUAUACCAAAACCGUUCAAGUACACCGAGAUCCAACGUCACAGGUUCAAUCUCGCAGAUAAAGAGGGCGUCGCCGAUAGAAAAGUGCCUCUACAGCCUCUUGUCUUUACCUCCGCUGAUGGUUCCUCUAAGAGAUAUAAUUUACGCAAGUUUGGUGAACUCCCAUUUCACCUCGUUCGGUCUAAGCGUUUUACUGAUCUCUACGCUGAAGUUCUUUUCAACUACGAGUGGCUGCACGCGAAACUGAACUGCUGUCCGCUUCAAGCCGUUCUCGCUGACUUCGAAGAUGCCAAGCUACACGUUAAUAAAGAUGCUGUGAGGGAGUUAACGUUGGUGGCGGACGCGCUGCGAUUGGGCGGCGCCAUACUGGGCCAGUUCCCGGACAUGCUGGCGCCGCAGCUGGUGGGCCGCCUGCUGCCCGAGGCGCAGCACGCGGCCGUGGCGGCGCUGCUGCAGCAGUGUCGACGCGUCGGCCGCUCGCACUGCGCGCUGCUGCCCGCGCACCACUGUCUGCACACGCCGGGCGGCCCGCUGAAGUAUUCGCUCGAAGGUCAUCAAUUCGCUGUAUUCGCGUUCCGUCUCAGCUCGGACAAACGUUACGUUGUGUCCAUUUCGAGUCGGGUCAUAUCCUGGGAUCUGUCGACUUCAGACCUGGCCAGAGAUCUUUGUCCGCAAUUAGAGGGUAUUAUGCAAAACCUGGAACUGUCACCAGAUAACAAAUGGGCUGCUGCGUCUACCAAUAAUUCUGUUUCUAUUCUUCUAAAUAUGCUGACCAGCGAAUACAUAACCCUGGAAAAUCCAUUGGAAGAAGGUGAGACAGUGCGUGGUGUUUAUGUUUUGAACCACCACAUGUUCAUAUACGGCCCUAAUUCUUGGGUGCAGUACAGCAUGAGGGGAGAGCUGGAAGAUACCAAGCCUGCUCCCGAUUCAGCACCGUAUGAUGAUGUGCCUUGGGAAAUUCUCUCUAUAGAAUUCCGGGACUUGGAAAACUUAGUCCUAGUGAAGUGGAGCGGAGACCUGGACGACGACCGGCUCCUGGUGCAUUUUUGCAAGUCUGGGACUUGGAUGCAACCUUUAAGGUGUCGUGGCGCAUUCACAUUAAAUAAAUACUGGACUAAGAUUUACACGAGUGACCCCGAAAGAGGAUAUCAGAUUUCGGUAUAUGAAUUAAACGAAGAACAACAAACAUGGAACAAAAUUGAAGAACUGCAUCAUCAAUACACGGACACGGCAGAAGCAAUGCUGCAGUUGAAGAGGGGUAAAAAGGAUCGGAUGUUACUUGCGACAACAACGUAUAGUUUCGUAGUUUGGGAUUUCAAUAAUAUCAUACCAAGAGGUAAUCAUGUAGAUGAUAAGAACAAAGAAGAAGGCGACGAUAAAAAAGGAGAAGAAGAAGAGAAACAAGAUGUACAAGAAAAAGAUCUACGAUUAGAGGGUAUAGUCCUAAAACUCCCUCACACUAUCAGGAAUAUUUCCACAAAAAUGACAUUGUCUAACUCGUUUAUGAUCAGUAAUAAUAACACUUAUGCUGUGGCUGGAGUAAGGAAGAACCUGUACGUCUGGAGUCUAGAAACGACAAAGCUGAUUAAAGUGCUAGAUGCUCACUUUGGUAGAAUUGUUCAGUUGGAGCCCCUAACUGUAGGUGCUUGGAACAACGUGAUCACCUCUUCCAUAGACCGAACAGUGAAGAUAUGGAACAUUGACAAUAUAUUUGAACAAGUCCAUAAGAUCGAUAGACAGGAACUGCCCAUUGAAUCAAUCAGCCUGGCCCGCGAUGUGCCGCUGGCGGUAACUGUGACGCGCAGCUGCUGGGGGCUGUGGGACACGAGUGCGGGCCGCCUGCUGGCGCAGCUCGCCGACGCGCCGCUCGGCGCCAUCGUCACGCACGCGCACAUCACGCCCGCCGGCACGCACGUCGUCACCGCGGAGUCGGGCUGCGUCAUUGUAUGGGACACACAGGACCGACAGGUUGUAUUUAAAGAAGAACAAAAAGGUAUUAAGCAGCUCCUACUUUUAGAAGACGGUUCAAAAUUAAUAACAAUUGAUAUGUUAGUGGCGACGGAUAAUGUUGACAACUUGGCCGUUGCUCACAUCGUUGCUAGGACCAUACCUGAUGGAGAGAAAAUUUAUACAGUAGAUUACGAAGUUCGUGGAACAGGGUAUAGAGCGGCGGUAGUUUCCGCUGAUGAACAUCAUAUUGUGGCUCCGGGAAUGGACAAGUCUUCCAGGGAAUGUUUGCAUGUUUUCCACGCGAGGACUGGUGCAAGGUUACAUAGAAUCCCCGUCAAAAAUAGUGGGAUAAAAGAUAUGCAGUCCAUAGUGGCGUUACCUCACAAGCCCCACUGGGUCGCGGUGAUUGGAAACGACAAGGCCGGUAUAUUGGAUAUCAAAACUAAGAGGCAUGUAAGAUUUGUUCCACGUUGGAACGGCGCUUGCACUCGCGACGGAAAGACAGGGCUGUGCGCGCCGUCUCGCGGGGGACUCGACCUCAUCGAGCUCAAGCGCGGUACCUCUGUGCAGCAACUCAUCUCCAGAGCCGCCGAGGGUGUCUUCUCCAUCAUCACCAUGUUUAGCUCAACCGACCAGUACGUCUUCUAUUAUCAUAGCGGAAGGAAGACUCUGAGAGUAUUCAGAACUGUAGAUGGUAAAGCCAUAGCUGAAUACAGAGCUCCAGCAGAGGUGACUGGAGUUGCGAGCGCGCACGGAGGCAAAGCGCUGGCUAUCGCAUCUCAAGACGGCUGCCUCACUGUACUUAAUAUUGUCGACCCUUACGAAUAA